AAUUUAUUUUAAUCUAGUAACUCCCAAGUAACAAUACUCAAGCACUUUAGUGAAUUUAUCUGUCAUUUGCACAAUUUUUGUUUGCACUAUCUUGUAUACUACCAAUUUAUAGGAAUAAUUCAUACCUUGAGAGUUAAUACUUGUAAAUAAAAAAUAUAACAAAACAUUUACCAUAGCUUAGCUAACAGAAGCGACGAUUGUACGCCUAUUCCUUCCUUCCUUCCUCGGUCAGCUCCAUUGCGAUUUUUGAGCGAUGGAAACAAAUUGGGGUUAAUUAACAAGGAAUGAAAAUCGCAACGUCAAUCAAAAUAGAAAGUUGCUGUGUAAUCAAGUUCAUUGUAAUGUGAAGAUCAAAUUUUGUUUUUGUCAUUCGACUAUGGAAGAGGUAAAAGGUGUACCCCAAAGUGAAAAGGUAAAUUCUCAUGGUAGAUCAUCAAUACAAGAUGAAAACAGAGUGGAAGAUUUUGUGUGGAAGGUUGAUGAUGUGAAAAGGUUGCGUCGUUUUUUGGUGUUAGGAAGUGAAACACCCACGUACUAUAUUGACGAAAGAACUUUAGGCUUAGAAAAUGAGCGAGUCCUAUCCAAUCUUUUGGAAGCAGGAAGGGGUGUUGAAGUUGUCAAUGAAAUAGAGAAGUAUAGCAUUGGAGGACGAACCGCAAGACAGCAGGCCAUCAUGUUUUCUCUUGCUGUCUGUGCCCGGAAGGGAGAUCUUGCCACAAAAAGACAAGCAUACAAGGCUUUACCCAAGAUCUGUCGAAUUCCGACUCAUUUGUUUAUGUUUAUUAAGUUCUGCAAGUUGUUCAGUGAAUCUGGCAAAGGUUGGGGUCGUGCCCAUAGGAAUGCCAUAAAACGAUGGUACAAAGAAAAAGAUCCAUGGAAACUGGCGAUGGAUCUCACCAAAUAUCAAAAGCGUAAAGGAUGGUCACAAAGGGAUGUUGCAAGGUUAAUGCAUCUUAAGUCAGAAGGAACUGAUGUUUCUGAUGAAUUGUUUGUUAUUAUGAUGUAUGUUGUUUGUGGUUGGCAGAAGCUUUUUGAAUAUUUAUUUCCUGAAGAUAAGACAGUUCCACGUCGUCCUAUUGGAGAGAAUGGCAGUGCAAUGUUGGCGUUUUUUAGGGCAGUUGAAGAAGUAAAAACAUUGCAAGAGGAGGCAAGAGUGGUUGAACUGAUAAAUCAACAUAAUCUUGUUCGAGAACAUAUUCCAACACAUUGGCUUGAGUCCAAAGAGGUGUGGAAUGCUCUGUUAAAGAAAAUGCCAAUGACUGCAAUGAUUUGCAACUUAAACAAAAUGACUUCCAUUGGCUUGCUUGCUGAAGGAUCACCUCAGGCUGUAGGUGUUUGUGAAAAACUGUGCAAUGAGGAUCUGCUAAGAAAUGCUUGUAUCCAUCCAUUCAACAUGCUAUUAGCUUGGAGAACAUACAAGUCUGGAAAGGGUGAGAAGGGUUCUCUGAAAUGGAAAGCUAAUGUGGAAAUAACCAAAGCAUUGGAGAAAGCAUUUUAUUUAUCAUUUAAGAAUGUGAAACCAACAGGUAAAAGAUGCAUGCUAGCCAUGGAUGUAAGUGGCUCAAUGCAAUCCAAUGAAUGUAUUGGUGCAAGUGCAAUUAAGCCUCACAUGGCUUCUGUUGCAAUGGCUAUGAUGACAGCACAAACAGAAAAAUAUUGCAAAUUUGUUGCAUUUAGUCAUGACAUAGUUCCUAUGAAGAUCUCUAGUCACAUGAAUUUGGAUGAAGUUUUAAAGAUUUGUAAUGAAAUUCCAGAAGGUGAUACAGACUGCGCUCAACCCAUGCUUUAUGCCAUUGACAAAAAUUUGAAGAUUGAUGUCUUUAUUGUUUUUACUGACUCUGAAACAUAUUAUGGCAAAGUUCAUCCAAGGGAGGCUCUCAAACAAUAUCGUCACCAUUCAGGGAUUGAUGAUGCUAAACUUAUUGUGGUUGCCAUGACAUCAAAUGGUUUCACUAUUGCUGACCCAGAUGAUCCUGGGAUGCUUGAUAUAGCUGGCUUUGACUCUGCUGCACCACAAGUGAUGAAAGAGUUUAUCUUGGGGAAUAUUUAAAAAAAAAUCGGUGUAAAUCGCCAUAUCUUCUUCCCAAAAUUUUAUGACAUGUAUCAAAAAUGUAUUUACUAUUUCACUAACUUAAACUUAACAAUGAUUCCUCGUCCAAA